UGAAAGGAUUGUGGACAAGAGGAAGAACAAGAAAGGGAAGUGGGAGUACCUUAUCCGAUGGAAGGGCUACGGGAGCACGGAGGACACGUGGGAGCCGGAGCACCACCUCCUGCACUGUGAGGAGUUCAUCGACGAGUUCAACGGGCUGCACGUGUCGAAGGACAAGCGGGCCAAGUCAGGGAAGCAGUCGGGCACCUCCAAGCUGCUGCGGGACUCCCGGGGCCCCGCUGUGGAGAAACUUCCCCACAGGUCUUCAGAGCCCGCCAAGAGCAAAGGGACUUCCCACAAGCGGAAGCGCAUCAAUCCUCUGUCUAAGCCCAAGAAGGGGCAUUCAGGCAAGCCCCCCGCAGGUGGCGACAGGGCAGCUAAGACAGUGUCUUACAGGACUACACCCAGCGGCCUGCAGAUCAUGCCCCUGAAGAAGGCCCAGAACGGCUUGGAAAACGGGGAUGCUGGCUCCGAGAAGGAUGAGAGUCAUUUUGGAAACGAGUCCCACCAGCCGGACUUGGAUUUGAAUGACCACGACGGAGAGCAGGAGGCCGGCGACAGUGAUGGGACCCACUCGGCGCUGGUGGAGAAUGGGCUUGGCUCUGCUCUGACCAACGGGGGCCUGAACCUGCAGAGCUCCGUGAAGAGGAAGCUGGAGGCGGAGAAGGACUAUGUCUUUGACAAGAGGCUCAGGUACAGCGUCCGCCAGAAUGAAAGCAACUGUCGCUUUCGCGACAUUGUCGUGAGGAAGGAAGAGGGGUUCACGCACAUCCUGCUGUCCAGCCAGACCUCGGAUAACAACUCGCUGACGCCCGAGAUCAUGAAGGAGGUGCGGCGAGCACUGUGCAAUGCAGCCACAGACGACAGCAAGCUGCUGCUCCUGAGCGCGGUGGGCAGCGUGUUCUGCAGCGGCCUGGACUAUUCCUACCUGAUCGGCCGGCUGUCCAGUGACCGGCGGAAGGAGAGCACUCGCAUUGCAGAAGCCAUCAGGGACUUCGUGAAGGCCUUUAUCCAGUUUAAGAAGCCCAUUGUGGUAGCCAUCAACGGGCCAGCACUGGGCCUGGGAGCCUCCAUCCUGCCCCUCUGUGACAUCGUGUGGGCCAGUGAGAAGGCCUGGUUCCAGACACCCUAUGCCACCAUCCGCCUCACGCCAGCCGGCUGCUCCUCCUACACCUUCCCCCAGAUCCUGGGCGUGGCACUGGCCAACGAGAUGUUGUUCUGUGGGCGGAAGCUCACAGCCCAGGAGGCCUGCAGCAGAGGCCUGGUGUCCCAGGUCUUCUGGCCCACCACCUUCAGCCAGGAGGUCAUGCUGCGGGUCAAGGAGAUGGCCUCCUGCAGUGCCGUGGUGUUAGAGGAGUCCAAAUGCCUGGUCCGGAGCUUCCUGAAGUCAGUACUGGAAGAUGUGAAUGAGAAGGAGUGCCUCAUGCUCAAGCAGCUCUGGAGCUCCUCUAAAGGCCUGGAUUCCCUGUUCAGCUACCUGCAGGACAAAAUCUACGAGGUCUAAAGAGCCCUAGCUCACCUGCCCCCGCGUUCAUGGGCACCUGACUUCCAGCUUGGCCCUGUGUUCUGGCCGUUGGAGCCCAGGGUCUGCCCCUGCCAAGAGUUCAUCAGGGUGUCUCUUUACACCUAGGGUUGUGUCCAUUCCUGUGUUUGGUUGUUCCUCAUUGGUUUGCUUUCGUUUUACAAGGAAGCGCAGCACACCUGACCUCCCCACCCGCUGCCCCAAUUUGCCACAGAGCUGUCGAGGGCUACAUCUUCCCAAGGCUCUGUUGGGUUCUGCUGUCCUUUCCCUAUUUGCUGGAAUGCACCGCCAUGGUCCACGGGGGGAAGACCACUCUCCCUUGUCCUGACUCAGGCUGUGUCUACACAGUGCCUCUGAUUUAGAGGCCACCAUAGUUCUCUGGUUCAGUGCAGAUUUGUGGCCGGGGGUUGACUGUCUUAGGGAAUUCUCAGACCAGUGAGCAAGCCACUGUGUAGACCCGGCCUCAGUCUCCUCUCCAGUGCAAUUCUGUGUGACUAUUAGGGCUUUGGUCUUAAAACCGAACUGAGCGAUUCACAAACCCAGAUAUUGUACAUUUAGAAAUGUUUUGUUAAAUAUAUAUUUUUAAAACAAUG